UAUGACUACGGUGCGUGACGUAGGACAGGUUUCUGAUACAUCUACUGCAGUCUGGCGAUGAGUUUUCACCCGUAUGGCACGAUAGGCACAAAGUGAUAAUGGAGGUCAUGACACUAUUGGUUAAGGUUGUUUUAGUCAUAAUCGGACUUUUUCCAGGUAAAACCCUCGUGUACAUCGUGGCCGGCCUUCAGUGCGGAGUUCUCGUCAUCACCAUCAUUGUCAUCGUCCUGUACAACAGAAGAAAACACAUGUCACUAUUGGCUAACGGGGGUUCUCUCCGCAACCAAGAAUCCCCAUCAGGAAAUGUGUCCACCGAGAUGGAAACUUCCAACCUACCCACGCAACGAACCGGCAGGAAAAUAUCCGACCUCUACACUACAGUAUUACCGCGUGCCAUGAGGACGAAGGGUGGAAUCCAGACGAAUGCAAACAGAGAUUCCCCUCUGCCCACCGACGCCACUGGGUACAUCGACAUGACGUCGAAAAACGUCACCACGUCCGUUGACGCCAUCACUCACCACCUCUAUUCUGACGUCGCUAGAGAGACACCGGCGGUUAAAAACGAUGGGCGCAUACUUCCUUCUGUGUAUGAGAACAUAUCUUAGGAAAACCGUCGAUGAGGUGUUCGGGGAGAAGGACCAAAUGGUGGGCUUACGGGUAAAGGGGAAGCGAGUGGUGAUGAUUGUGAGUGUGUCUCUCGCGCCACACCGAUUACCUCUUAACAAUACUCGAUUUCAAUAUUAUGCCGCAAGCUUCAAUUAUAUUUUACUUCCACGGCGGCUUUUAUACAUUUUGAUAUGAUAUAACGUUAAUAUUCUUCUUGUAAGAUAUCAUUGUGUCCUCACAUUUUAUGAUUAUUAAAGUCCCACUUAUUACUUUUAUGACACAUUUUAUGUAUUAUAUUUACACAUGUGCAUCUGGUGAUACUAAAGUACAUAACUUGUCUGUCUGUUUGUCACCUUUUGUGAAUGUUGUAUCAUUACAAUAUUGAAUCAAAUUCUCUUCUACACAACUGAUAUAA